CGGUUGUCGGUGUAAUUGCUUUGGUUAUAAAAUGAAUUAUUUUACAAAUAAGUGUAAUAUUGUUAAUAGUUCUCUUUUCUACCUAUAGAUAAGUUUAAUACUGAUGAUAUGGAUAAGUUUAAGAUGUUGUCCGGUGAUGAGCUCGUUAUUCAGGGAGCUAAAAAGGUGAAUAGUUCUUUACCUGAACUAGGCUUGAAGGAUAUAAUCCCAAAUGGUUCCUGGUUGGAACAGAAACAGAUACAGAGCUCCUUGGAAGCUCGUAGACAUAUUGUUGAAGUCGAACGCAUAGAGAAGUGUGGUACUUUAAGUCAAGCAGAUUGGAAUGCCGAGCUGCAGCUAGCCGAGGUGACAAAGAAUGCUGGUGGCCACUGGCAGUAUGUCGGCCACAACAUCGGCAGGCAGUUAUACCUCUACCCAGAGGAAGCACUAUAUUUGAUGGAAGUUAGUUGUCUUCAGUUGAAGUAUAAUGGUGUCACAGUAUCAAUCCAGCAAGCAUAUUCCUUACUUUUGAAGGAUAAUAACUCACUAGUUCAAUAUAAAGUAUAUGCUUCACUAAGUAGACUGGGAUACAAGGUGUUAAGACACUCUUAUGUUAAAGCAAAUGAAAAUGAAAAAACUGAAGACAAAAUGGAAGACUCUUUGAGUAGUGAGAAAAUAUGUGAUAUAACAGACACCAGUAAUGAAAAUAUAGAUAUCAGUGAAGUAACAGACUUCCAAAUGAGAAACAAUUCUGAUGAUGAAAAUGGUGACAGUACUAAAAAGUUAAAACAGAAGGUAGUGCAGGUGAUUUAAAAAGUGUUGUUACAAUUAA